ACACACACACACGGAACGGAACACACAGACACGUCCGCACUGUCUUAACUGACCAAUCAGAGAACGGCUGAGAAUGGAAACCCGUCGGUCGCUAGCCAGCAGUCUAUUAAUGAUCUCAAUUUUAAAGCAGCUAUAACUUUCUUUGCUGGUCCGAUUUCUUUCAAACUUUCACCAUUCUGUUAAAUUGAUUUUUCUCCUACCCAACACAACAUUUUAUGGCCAAGGCUGGAUUCCCCUUUAAGAAAUGUCUUGACGCCGACGCCCUCUACGAUACGUUUGUCGUUUAUCGUAUAGCAACCAAGUUCAACAAGGCCAGGGAAACGGAUAAUCUAAACAUGUCUGAAGCUGAGGAAACAAUGAAAAGGAUUACCGCCCACAAGGGUGUGGUAGGAACAAUUGUAAUGGACAAUGAUUCAAUCCCUCUCAAGACGACGCUAGAUAAUUCCACCACAGUCCAGUAUUGCCAACAAUACAAGCCUGUGAUUGGCCUGGCUAGGAGCUGUGUACGGGAUAUUGACCCAGUGGACAACCUUGCCUUCCUCCGUGUUCGCACCAAGCGGAAUGAGGUUAUGGUGGCUCCAGGAAAAGAGUGCUCAUUACUUGUAAUACAGAACCCUUCCGAAUCGUAAUCUGCUUAAACGCACCACAGCUGGAUGAUAAAGGAUGAAUGAUGAAAUGUGUUGUUUGAGAAAUAUUCCUCUUCAGUGGCAUGAUUGUGCAUUGAGAGUGGUAUUAUCAUAUCAUCCAUUAAAGGAAUCCCUAGUUAACUUUAACCACAUUUUUAUAGAGUGCCAAUCGUCCACUCAAACACAAAGUACACAAUCAUUUGACCCCGCAGUGAAAACCUUAAAAAAAAAUAGUAAUAUUGUAAUGAAAUGAGAAGAUCACCACAUGUGUUUCUAUGAAUCCUUUGAUGCAUAAUCUUUGUCAUGAAUGUUGAAUGAAGGAUAAGAAUGAUGAAACUCGACUGACAAUUCAUAGAAAUGUGGACUAAAAUUCUUGUCGAUUCUGGAGUAAGAAUAUGACCCUAAAUGUCAAGGAAACACAUGAUCUACUAGUCGUACUAUAUUUCUAAUCUAAUGUUUCUUUGACAUUUUGUGUUAUUAGCCCCAAAACGAGCCAACUGCAGAUUCAAGAAUUGGGUGGCUCUUUCAACUUUCAUACCUAACUGCAAGUCGCCCCAAAUCCCGAUUCAGAAAAAAAAAGCUAGCUUUCUUUGGAAACUGGAGGCUAGUCAUUGAAAGGGUCACUAAGUCUGAUGCCUCUGGUAAAAAAGACCUUAUCCUAGGCUAUCUAAUGAGCAUUUCUACAAGGCAUGCUGACUAUGAAAUAAAGAAUUGUCUUGAGAACAUUCAUUCUGAUAAAUAUUCUGAUAUUCUGAUAAAUAUAUAAUCAAGGUCUGAUACUAGUCUUUGCUUAAUAAAAAAGAGAUACAAAACAAACUAGCAGUAUAAAUGAGUUACAUAAACAUAAUGAUAACAAAAUACAUGUAAGAAUGAAGCAAUUUAUCAACAGCUGAGCUACAUGUACAAGAUGUGCAAUAAGAUAACAUUCAGGCACGGAGUAAGGAUCUUUCUUUGAUAUAAAAAAAAAACAUGAAAAGAAUUAGAACACACAAAAUUCAUGUAGAAUAAGAUCUACCUGUAUUAAAUAUUAUGGUAAACAAAUAUAGGGGAAGAUAAUAUUAGCUAAACAAGCAGGAGUACCUCUUUGAUUUUGAGGAAACCACAAGACCACUACAAGUGGCCCUAUCAGCCAGAUAUGGGAUACUGAUGGGUGUUUCGCUAAGCUGUUCAUAAGUUAAGACCGACUUAAGAACGACUGGUGAUCCUUUCUUGUGGUAAAUGAUAUUCACCAUUAAAUGUUCAUUGGUGAUUAUGUAACGCGUAAGAAAGGUUCACCAGUUGUUCUUAUAGUCACUCUUAACUUUAAUACGAAGAGCUUUAUGAAACGGCCCCCUGAUAUGGUAUAGAUCACAAGAAUGAUGUUUGUGAUUUUAUGGCUGAUGAAACUUCCUUCAGGCUGUUAAAUUUUUCAUUAUCAUUAUUUUACUUGUGGAUUGCCAUUGAUUCCUUUGAACUUCAUUUGAAAAGUUGAUAAUAUCUUAUCCAUUCUUUCAAUAUCGUCCAGAAUACUAUUUGCAACAUGUGCAUUUAUAAAAUAUUACAAAUGGACCAAGUUUUAUUUCCAUAUUGAUAAUAAAAUAUUAAAUCCACAAUGUAUCGUAGUCAUUUAGUGGUAUAUCACUUUACAAAUCAUAGAUUUAUUACUUGUAAAUAUUGUGGAUUGUAUUAUAAUAUAUGUACCUUGUUCAUUCCUUAGUGUUAUAUUAUCAAUUAUGUUUGUUAAGAACUUGACUGAUACUUCAUAGAAAAAUAUGGUAUAUAGGGUAUACAAACUUCAUUUGCCACUUCAGAAUUUUGUAGAGCAUGUGCUAACAUGGGGAAACACUAUUUUGAUGUAACUCAGUGUGUGGUAUAUGGUGGCUGUAAAUAGUAUCAAGCUUUUAUCUUCCUGUUCAGUAAAUGAUUGUUUUAGGUAAGAAGUAACUAAUCAACUUUAUUGUAACCGGAAUAUGUCUUAUUUUCACAUUUUACAGUUAAUAAAAGUUUCACUUAUUUAAUUGA